GCCCCGACCUGUAGAAAUCCGCCUGCUCCGCGGCCCUGUCACGUCUACCCUACGUACGAUUCCGAAGGAGGGCACCCAGCUUAUAGAAAUGGGACGACGGUCAUCAGAAAGCAGAAGCAAGAGAAAAAAGAAACACCGAAGGCGGUCAUCUUCAAGCAGUUCUUCCGAUAGUAGAACGUAUAGCCGAAAGAAAAGUGGGAGAAAGUCCAGGUCAAAGUCUAGGUCUUGGUCCAGAGAUCUUCAGUCUCGUUCACAUUCUUAUGAUAGAAGACGCAGGCACCGGUCAAGCAGCAGCUCGUCUUUUGGCUCUAGAAGAAAACGAAGUCGAAGUCGUUCACGAGGUCGGGGCAAAUCCUACAGACUUCAAAGGUCUAGGUCAAAAAGCAGAACAAGAAGGUCCAGGUCAAGACCUCGUCCGCGUUCCCACAGUCGAAGCAGGGAACGGUCCAGCCAUAGAAGGACUCGAAGUCGAUCCCGGGACAGAGACCGUCGUAAAGGCAGAGACCAAGAGAAGAGAGAAAAGGAGAAGGAAAAAGCCAAGGACAAGGAAUUGCACAGCAUCAAACGUGGGGAAUCUGGAAACAUCAAAGCUGGAUUAGAACAUCUGCCACCAGCAGAGCAGGCCAAAGCCAGGUUGCAACUGGUCCUUGAAGCUGCUGCCAAAGCUAAUGAAGCACUGAAAGCCAAAGAGAGAAAUGAGGAAGAAGCAAAGAGAAGGAAGGAGGAAGACCAAGCCACCCGGGUGGAGCAGGUGAAGAGAGUGAAGGAAAUCGAAGCUAUUGAGAGCGAGUCCUUCUUUCAGCAGACGUUCCGGUCGAGUAAAGAAGUCCGGAAGGCCGUGGAGCCCAGUGAGGUAAAGCAGGCAGCUCCAGCUGCAGGCCCAGCGGCCACGGCUCCCGAGCUGCCCAGUGUCGGGAAGGAGCUGGACCCCAGCAGCAUCCCCACCGCUAUCAAGUACCAGGACGACAACUCUCUGGCUCAUCCGAAUGUGUUUAUUGAGAAAGCUGAAGCUGAGGAAAAGUGGUUCAAAAGAUUGAUUGCCCUUCGACAAGAAAGACUAAUGGGAAGUCCUGUAGCCUAAAAACAAAUGUGGUUAACAGUGACAUUGCUUAUGUUGAAGUGACAUUGCUUAUGGUUAAC